UUACGACCGAGGGCGUGCCGCCAUUGGUCGGCCGGCACCACGUGAACACCCUACGAUGGAGGUUCACGAAGUCGGCUAGGGAUCCACGAUGGCACAGUCAGCUGCCUAAGGUCCGGUUGGCCAGUCGCAGCCAGCAAAGUUCUUUCUCAAGGUAGACGCGUGUAGCAGCCAGAUACCAAGAUGGCGGACGAUGAGAGGAAACGUCUCGAGGAUGAAAAGAAGAGGAAACAGGCGGAGACCGACAGAAAGAGGGCGGAGGUCCGCGCCCGCCUCGAAGAGGCUUCCAAAGCCAAGAAGGCGAAGAAGGGUUUCAUGACCCCUGACAGGAAGAAGAAGCUUAGGCUGUUGCUGCGUAAGAAAGCUGCCGAGGAAUUGAAGAAGGAACAGGAGAGAAAAGCCGCGGAAAGGAGGCGCAUCAUCGAAGAACGUUGCGGAAAGCCGAAGAACACCGACGACGCGAGCGAAGCUAACGUGAAGUCCGUUCUGACCCAGUAUCAUAAGAGGAUCAUCGUUCUCGAGGGGCAGAAGUACGACCUUGAGUACGAAGUCGCCAAGAAGGAUUUCGAGAUCGCGGACUUGAACAGCCAGGUGAACGACCUCCGAGGUAAAUUCAUGAAGCCCACGCUGAAGAAAGUCUCCAAGUACGAGAACAAGUUCGCCAAGCUGCAGAAGAAAGCAGCUGAGUUCAACUUCCGUAACCAGCUGAAACAGGUGAAGAAGAAGGAGUUCACCCUUGAAGAGGAGGACAAGGAGAACGCGUCAAAAGAUAAGAAGAAACCCGACUGGUCGAAGAAGGGCGAGGAAAAGAAGGUAAAGGAAGAAGAGGUGGAGGCAUGAGAGACACGGUGACUCGGUCUCGACAUAUUCGAGAAGGGAUCGUCCAUCCGUCUACCCGAUACCAUCUCUCGACGCAAGAAACUCCAAAAACCGCCAAAAAAAACCAAAAAAAAACACAA